AUGUCGAAUUAUCACCCUGCGUUCAGCCCCCAGCAUGUUCGCUGGAGCCCAAGCCAGGGCCAGUUCAUUGCGCACCCCACGCAGCAGCACACUGCUGUAGCCUUGCCCAACCGCACUACACUUGACGUCCCGUCACGACCAGGACCGCGACCUCGGCCAGGACUCAUUGAUGAAAUGAAGUUUUGGGAAAACGCGUUUCCAGCAGCAAUGCAGCAACUGGCCAACACACCAGAACCACAAUACGGAACCAAGCUCCAAGAUCAAUGGAGCAUCCGCCGCACAAAGACCUGGGCUAAUGUACAAGCCAAACUUGAAAUGGCCCACCGUGACUAUAAUUUUAGUUUCCAAGGCCAGCAUACUCAGCGCUUCAGACAAACUAUGCGUCGUGUAGCCGACAAAGUUGCGCCGUAUCUAUCGCAAGGUCUAAAGGUGGUUCCAGAUUCGGAGUUCACAAGGCCAGUGAUCAACGUACUUGGUUUCGUGUUGGAUGCCUAUCAGAAGGCGUGCGAGGUUCGAGGCAUGGUAGAGGCUGGAUUCGACGACAUACCUGUCGCCUUUGCCAAGGUAGAGUUCUAUCAUCACUCCUUCCAAGGGGAUGAAAAUAUCAUUCAAGCCUCUGUCAAUCUCGUUGAGGCCACUCUGAAGGCAGUCGAAGGAUCUGUGAAGUACUAUGUCAGCGCUCAAGUAAAACACCUUGGCAAGGCCGUGACAAAGGGUGAUAAUUACCAGCAGGACUUGCUCGAAGCUCUCCAAGACAUGCAAGCCCGUUCGAUUGCUCUGAGCAAUCAGGCAGAAAUGUCGUUCCAGUAUCAUAUGAUGGCUAACGGCGAUCAAGCGCGACAAAGCAUGUGGGACAUGCAACAGACCCUAGGCAGGAUCGAGACAAAUAAUGUCUAUUUCGCUGGCCUCUUCAAUCAUGCACUCGACCUAUUUAAUCAAGGUGUAUGGUUUCCUCAUUCCCCAGCAAGCUCACGCUCAACAACCCCUAACCCGCCAAUGCUUCCGCAACAUGUACAGUGGUCAACCGAUUAUCUCCGAAGCCAGAUGUACAUUCCAGACAUCGACAUCGUGGACCUACAGCAAGUCUUCCACAGUGACGCAGACUUGAUGCUCGAAGAUCGUGGCCGAGCCCAACAAGUCCUCUCGUCCCCCCUUUUUCGAGACUGGCUGCUAGGUUCCGGCUCUACCAAACUGCUAGUGCACGGCGACUUCGACACAACGAACAGAGUGACGCCGUUUUCGGCGCUGUGUGCCACGCUUACGCAGGCCUUUCGUAUGACGCCCGGUAACAUCGGCUUGAUCUUCUUCUGCGGAUCUCAUCUGCUAGGCGACGAGUACUCGGGUGGUGUGUGGAUGAUCCGGAGUCUUGUGGCGCAACUACUCCAUCAAUAUUCACAGCCAUUCAUCGAUUCGGAUGCUGGCAUCGAUAUGGAUCAAGUCGCGCGUGGAGACAUGCCAGCGCUCUGCGCCCUGUUUGAUGUCCUGGUAAGGCAGUUGCCGUCAGCCACGACCAUCCUCUGCAUAAUCGACAGCAUCAACGAGUACGAAGACAAGGAGUACCUGCAGAAAGUCGAGGACAUCAUUCUUACGCUGCUGAACUUGGUGGAUGAAAGAAGUCGUGGCGGAGCGAGGAUCAAGUUGUUGUUCGCAAGCCCACAGCCAACGACUGAAGUUCGAAAGAUCUUCGAUGUAGAGCCAGGGACGCUACUGCACAUGCAGCAGUUGCCUCUCACGGGAGAGAGCAUGCAUUCCUCGGCGCUUCAAGAGCGCCUCGAGUCGGAAGUCAUGUACAACAGUUAG